GUUUGUUUUAUCGCAUCAGGCGUGCGACACUGCCCUUUGUCCCUUAGUUGACCGUUUCAGGGAUCGUUAGCGUUUAUCGUAGACUGUUAACAUGCAACCGGCCAGGUCGAGAAUCUUCGGUUCGACGAGGGAGCUGGGCUCGUUGAAGAGAUUUCUGAGCUCGCAGGAGCUGAUGGCCCGCGACAAAAAGUACGGCAGCAAACAUUUCGAGCCUCUUCCGGUGGUUCUCGUGAAAGGCGAGGGUGUUUGUUUGUGGGACGUUGACGGGAAACGUUAUCUUGACUUUCUGGCAGGUUUUUCAACCGUUAAUCAGGGUCACUGUCACCCACGUUUGGUAAAAGUAAUGAGAGACCAAGCGGGGAUGCUCACGCACAUCUCCAGAGCAUUUUACUCGGAACAACACGGCGAAUUGGGAGAGUAUCUGACCAAUCUGUUGGGAUGGGAGAAAUUCCUACCGAUGAACACCGGCGUAGAGGCGUGCGACACCGCCGUCAAGGUAGCAAGACGUUGGGGAUACAAAGUCAAGAAACUGCCCAACGAACAAGCGACCGUCGUUUUCGCGAAAGGCAACUUUUGGGGCCGUUCCAUCGCUGCGUUGUCGGCCUCCACGGACCCGAAAUGUUUCACCGAUUUCGGCCCAUACGUGCCCCGUUUCGACAGGGUGCCGUACAACGAUCUCAAAGCCUUGGAGCAAAAGUUUAAGGAGGACCCGACCGUUUGCGCGUUCAUGGUUGAGCCGAUUCAAGGGGAAGCCGGAGUCGUGGUGCCCAGCGACGGUUACCUGAAAGGCGUACGGGAUCUGUGCACCAAGUACAACGUUUUAUGGAUCGCCGACGAGGUUCAAACUGGUUUGUGCAGAACGGGGAAACGAUUGGCAGUCGACUACGAGAAUCAAAGGCCGGACAUUCUCAUUCUGGGGAAGGCAUUGUCCGGAGGACUUUAUCCCGUAUCCGGAAUUUUAACGGACGAGAAGAUAAUAUCCUGCUUGGAGGCUGGCACGCACGGCAGCACUUUCGGCGGGAAUCCGCUCGGUAUUAGAAUCGCCUUAGAGGCGGUGAAAGUUUUAGAAGAAGAGAAUCUCGCAGAAAAUGCAAGAAAGCUCGGAGAGGUUCUACGACAGGAAUUACAAAAAUUGCCAAAGGACAUAGUGACGGAAUUCCGCGGCCGCGGUUUGUUGAGUGGUUUAGUGAUCAACAAAGAUUUUGCCGAAGGCUGGGAUAUCUGUUUGAAGUUGAAAGAAGCGGGUUUGUUGACCAGACCAGCCCACGGGCAAAUAUUGAGGAUAUCCCCACCACUUACUAUUACGGAAGAGCAACUUAGAGAAGGGCUGAACAUAAUAACCACUGUCCUCAUGAGUUACAAAUGAUGUACCGACUGUAUCU